AUGUCCUUUUGUCUCCCUUGCCAUCUACACCUCGACGGAAUCUCUGCGGGAGAUGACCUUUUUUGUCCCCCCCUGCAUGCAUCCGCUGAUAUAGUUAUACAAACAAAAUCUUCACCGUCCAUUCCAGAGCUGCCACUGGUUAGUGGGCAGCUCACCUUCACCACGCCUUCAUCAAAGCGACGCAAGGUUGCCGCAGAGCUUCGCAAAGCUGGAGGCAACAAGGGCUUGUACUUCCUCAAAACAUCCCCUCCCCGGAAGCCAAAGAUAGGAAAGCGGUACGGCCAGUCCUCUUCGACGUUGGCCUUGUCCGCUCUGCCGCAGCCUGGCUUCUUCACCGAGCCGUCUUCGCCCUCUUCUCCGAGACUGUCGCCCGCCCGGUCCCUGCAGAUAGACUCCUCACACGGAAGCGCAAACGAUCAGUCGUCUACUGAAGACUGGAGGUCGACCACGGCAACAAGCUCUCCGACCGUUACGGACGGCGAGUCGACGCAAGACACCACCUGUUGGCCCAUGCCAUCGUCCAACAACCGAGCGGCCACUGCCGCCGCCGCAGCCGCCAGUGAUCCCCCGAGGGAAGAUGUCUCUAUGACAGACGGCGGCGGCUCUCAGGACAACGGCAGUCCUCACGCUGUUCCACCGGCUGUUAAGAGGCCGGCUGCCGAGAUGGGAUCUGACGAACACGAUACCGUGAUGCAAACUGAUUCGUUUAUUUCCCAUGAAGAUAAUGGCAACAACAGUAAUAAGGCAGCAGGUAGCAAGAAACAAAACGAGCGUCUGAACCGGCACCAGCGUGAGGCCUCCGUUGACAUGGUUGGAAAGGAGACCGAAACUGAGCCGCUCAAGGGAGGCUCCAAGAAUGUUUCCGAAGCGAGCAGCUCUGGAACUGAUUCGAUCAUCUACACCCCGUCGUCUAGCAGCGGGCAAACCCAGGCUUCACACGAUGAUAACAACCCUUCUGUCGACGAACAGGUUGCCCAGGUGAUGCAGUUGAUGCAGCAAAGCCCCACGGACAAGCAAAAGGGCUACAUCGUAUCUGCAACCUGGCUAAAGAGGGUUCUCUCCAGAAGUUCUACUCAUCCACGCCCAGAUAAAACUGAUAAGCUGGCUGCGGAGGGGGAAAUCGGCCCGGUUGACAAUUCAGACCUUGUCCUUGUUACUGACCCAGAUUCUAUUUUCAACGAUGAAGCGGGCGAGCCGUUUGUGCCCAUGCGUCCGGGCCUGCAGAUGGGCGAGGACUACGAGAUCUUGCCAGAAGAAGCCUGGAACCUGGUGAUGAAAUGGUACGGCCUCUCAAAGCAGUCUCCUGCCAUUGUUAGAUACGCACACAACACCAACACCGAGGGGGACAUGGAGCACAUCCAGUACGAGCUCAACCCUCCCAUAUUCUCCAUCCUCAAACUCUCUCCAAACGCAUCAGAGGCAGAGAAGUCCAAACCCCCUGUCAGGUUCUUGGCCAGCCGCCAUACCCCCUUCCAGCAAUGGCUCAAGACUGCAAAGACCCUGGCAUCCAUCGACAUGUCGACCAAGACCCGGGUCUGGCGAAUCCUGGAGGGCCUCGGCAGUUCAGCCAAUGUAACUCCGGCUGCAUCACGAAGUGCAUCCCCAGCGCCGGGAACUACCGUCUCCGCAAAGAUUCCCAGCUCCAUCUCUCUCAGCCUGGAUGCGUUCGUCGGUCUGACCGAAGGCUCCCAGCGAGAGCUUGUGGACGUCAAGGACCAAACCGCGAAUACAAAGUACAAUGGCAAAGCGUCUAUCCACGUCAUUGGCCUGGGAAGUGACAACGUUAUCGUCCUGGAGGAGCAAGUUGGUGGCCCAGCGGGCGGAGAGUGGCUCUCCGAAACGUCCAGGUCAAGCAACAACUUGACCGUCGGGGCGGGAACCAAAGCCAAUGUCCAGAACAGGCUGAAAAACAAAAGCUCUUCUGGCAGUGGACGGACAUCGCCUGCUCCUUCAAUCGUUACUCGAGGACGACGGCGUAAGGAUGGCAAAGCCCGAGGAGUGACUGGCCUGAGCAACCUGGGCAACACAUGCUACAUGAACUCGGCACUGCAGUGUGUCCGCAGCGUCGAGGAGCUCUCUCAUUACUUUUUGAUGGGCGAAUAUAAAAAAGACUUGAACCCAAGCAACCCGUUAUCUCACAACGGGGACGUUGCCAAGGCGUAUGCAAAUCUGCUCCAUCAGAUAUUUGACGUCCAGGGCUCAGCUUCGUUUGCUCCACGGAAUUUCAAAGUUACCAUUGGCAGAUACGGCCCCUCGUUCUCUGGAUAUGGACAGCAAGACUCCCAGGAAUUCUUGCUCUUCCUUCUGGACGGGCUGCAGGAGGAUUUGAACCGUAUCCAAAAAAAACCGUAUAUCGAGAAGCCUGAUUCGACUGACGAGAUGGUUCAUGAUAAAGCAGCUCUCCAGCGCUUUGCGGACCGGUGCUGGGAGAUCUACAAGGCCAGAAACGACAGCGUGAUUACGGAUUUGUUCUCGGGAAUGUACAAGUCUACUGUGGUGUGUCCGGACUGCGACAAGGUCAGCAUCAUCUUCGAUCCGUUCAACAACCUGACGCUGCAGAUUCCGAUUGAGAACAGCUGGAGCCACAAGAUCAUGUUCUUCCCGCUGCACAAGCCUCCAGUGAACAUCGACGUGGACAUGGACAAGAAUUCGGGCAUCAAGGCGGUCAAGCAGUUUAUUGCGCAGAAGAUGAAUGUCGACGCGGAACGACUAGUGAUGGCCGAGAUCUACAAGUCGAAGUUCUACAAACUGUUCGACCACAGCCAGAGCAUAGCCGACCACCAGAUCAGCGACGCAGACACUAUUGCGAUGUACGAGCUUGAUGGUGUGCCGACGAGCUAUAACCCGGACAAGCCACGACGCUUCCGCUUCUCGUCCGAGGAGCCUGCUGUUGGAUUCAACUCGCCCAAAGCGGACCGGAUGCUGGUACCAAUCUACAACCGCAGCCGGAUGCGGCGUGGGUUUGGCCCGAGCCAGCGUGCAUUCUUUGGAGUGCCGAUGUACGUUGUGAUUACACGUGAGGAAGCGUAUGACUACGAUGCGGUGCUGCGGCGAAUCCUGGCACGAGUGGCCAACCUGACGACGCGUGACAUCCUGCGAGAGGACGACGGGCUGGGCGUGACGAGAGGGAACCAGGCCGUUGCUGAGGAUUCAGACACGGUUGUGAUGAAUGAGGAUGACACGCAGGCAUACGAGCAGACGAUCAAGGCCAGUUCCGUCGAAGGAGAAGACGGGCUGGUGGAUGUGUCGAUGCGAGAUGCCGACGAUCAGGACGAGGCUGCAGCGGGUACCAACAGCAAAACCAACAACACCAACCACAAGGGUGAUAAAAAAGAGACGGCGGAGGCGGAUGAGCUGCCACCAGUGCUACGGCGGGGAAGCUUUAUUCCGCCGAUGCUGCGCAAUCUCUUUACCGUGCGGUACAUUGCAACGAACGACAGCGAGCCCACGGGAUUCUCGACCAUCAACGAGGCCCGCGAGUACCCCCUGAUGGAGUCCCGUGUGCCCAACGGACGAAGCAGCAGCGGUGGCAAGUCGGUGUUUGGACGACGGUCAGACAACGACAGCGUGGUGAGCAGCAAGGACGAGCUGAGCGGACCCGCGCAACCGGUCAACCUGAUACGGACACGAGCAGCGGCAGCAGCGGCAGCAGCAGACGACGAGAUGUCGAACAACUCCAGCUCCGCCGAGACCAAGGACGACAGCGGCUCUGAGACGGACUCUGACCGUAUGGCCGAUGCUACGAGCCUGCUGCGGUCAGGCAAGGCACGCAAGCAGAAGGGCAAGAAGCAACCACCACCGGUCGUGCGCCGGCUGCCGUACGUGAAGCCAGGCGACGUGAUCGUGCUGGACUGGAACGAGGAGACGUACGACGGGGUGUUUGUGACGAGCAAACGACAGCUUCGGUCGCGCAAGAAGAAGCGCGGCAUCACGCUGGACGAGUGCCUGGACGAGUUUGGGCGGGAGGAGAUACUGUCUGAGAACGAUGCGUGGUACUGCCCGCGGUGCAAGGAGCAUCGGCGGGCGAGCAAGAAGUUUGAGCUGUGGAAGGCACCGGACAUUCUGGUGAUGCAUCUGAAGCGGUUCAGCGCGAACCGGAUCUUCCGGGACAAGAUCGAUGCGGUGGUCGAGUUCCCGCUCGAGCUGGACAUGAGCGGGCGGGUGCAGAUGGUGGAGGAAGGGGAGAGCAUGAUGUACGAUCUGAUAGCGGUCGACAACCACUACGGAGGGCUGGGCGGCGGCCACUACACUGCCUACGCCCGGAACUUUGUCGAUGGCCUGUGGUACGAAUUCAACGACUCCCACGUGACCAUGAAGCGCGACCCGAGCAGCGUCGUGACAAGCGCCGCUUACUUGCUGUUUUACCGCCGGCGCUCGAACGUCCCCCUCGGCGGCUCGUUCCUGGCGAAGCUGACGGAGCAAGCGCACGACCGGGGCAGCGAAGACUCCGGCAGCGACAGCGAGUCACGAGCAGGAGGAAGCGAGUCUCGAGGAGUAAGUACCGGCGUGUCGGGGGAAGGCAAGCGUCUCGGUGGGCUCUCCCGCAAUGGGUCGUCGAGCGCUUUACACGGAGCCGCAGCAACUCGCCAGUCGGGAGAUGGUGGUUUGCCAACAGAUGAGCAGCUAAAUGAGCAGCUAGACGGGGACGAGGACGAGGAGGACGAAGGGUUCAGCGCACGCUUCCAGGCCGGCAGCGCCAUGUACGCCCAGCAGCCGAGCUGGUCGUACGACCGACUGGCGAACCACGGCGUGGGGGACGAGGACGGAGGAGAAGAGGACGAGAUCUCACGCGUCUUCCCUCCGCCCGGCUCGAGCUAUGCGGACGACGGGGACGACGUGGCCAGCACGCAGGCGGAGAGGGGGGAGGCCGACCUGAGCGAGUUCGACCGGUCGUUUGAGCUGGACAUGGGCGAGGGGGCCGACGAGACGGGCAUGGUCUUCUCCAGCAUCCUGGACGACGACCACCUCGGCCACCAUGACCGGAGCGGCAGCAACGCCGGCCUGGGGAACGACUAUGACGACUGUCCUGCGGUGGUAGAGGUGCGAAUCGAUGACGAAUAA